AGACGGGACAUUUUUUAAAACUUCAACUUUGACUGUUUCAAACGUUAUUCAUUUUCUUCGUUUUCAUUUCUUGUUCUGAUUGAAUCAUUAGAUACAGAAUAGCCAUGAAGCAGCCCUGGUAAUAAAAAUAUCUAUUAGUAAAGAAAUUUUCCAAAUAUCUUUGUUCACAUGAAACAAGAGUACAAAGCCAAAAACAGAACCAAAGGUCCAAACUUUUUUUGUGAAAAUAAGAAAGCUCUCAAAGCUCGUUUCCUUAUUAAAGUAAAGAGUACAAAAGAGUAUGGUUUUAUGAAGUGAAGAAACAAAAAGAAAAGCUUUUGUCAUUUCAUAUUGUUAAGCGUUGCUAUCAAAAAAACCCAUACAGUCCUUUCUUUUCUUUUGUUUGGUUCAAAGCCCUCCCUUUAUGGCCGUUUUCAAGCACAUGAUAACUUUGUUCGUACAGUCAGAGUAAAAAAAACCAUCUUUAUCUUAGUCUCUCCCUCUCUACAGAUGUCACAGUCACCUCUGUCACGGAUUUGGGUACAGACGAUUCACUCUUCUUUCUCUCUCUCUCUCUCUCUGGGUUUUAAUUCAAAAAGCGAAGUUGGUUACCAUUGUCUUGUACGAUCGUAUAUUCCCAGUAUGAUUUGUUUUGACAGGGCAACUGCUGUGUAUAUAUGCCAAACAUCUCUCUUUCUCUUUCUCUCUCCUUACAUCAAUUUAUAAGUAAGACCAAAAGAGACCACAAAAGAUUCAGGCUUUUUUGUUUGGCUUUCCCUUGCUGUUGCAGAAGAGUGAGUGAGAGUGAAAGAUAUGAUGAUGAGAGGUGGUGAGAGAGUGAAGGAGUUUCUUCGACCCUUUGUCGAUUCCAAAACUUGGGACUUCUGUGUUAUCUGGAAACUUGGUGAUGAUCCUUCUAGGUUUAUCGAAUGGGUGGGAUGCUGCUGCAGUGGUGGUUAUGUUGAUAAGAACAUUAAGCUUGAAACCGCAGAAGGAACCGAGAGAAAACAGAAAGCUUUUUUCUGCAGAGAUGAACACAACAAGCAUCGUAUAAGAACCUUAGCUUGUGAAGCUCUUUCUCAUUUUCCUCUCUUCAUGCCUCUCUAUCCUGGGAUUCAUGGAGAAGUAGUGAUGUCAAAAUCUCCUAAAUGGUUGGUUAAUUCAGGUCCUGGAUCUGAAAAGGACAUUUUCAACACACGGGUUCUUGUUCCUGUGAGUGAUGGUCUCGUUGAGCUCUUCUCCUUCAAAAUGAAACCGUUUGACGAAACCAUUGUUGAUAUGAUUGUAUCGCGUUGUAACGCCGUCUCUGAACCAUUCCCUGAACAAAGGCUGCAAUUUAGGAUCACUCCUGGAGCAGAGGAGUCUAUGAGUAGCGGUGUGAAUCUCAGCUUUGAAGGUGGGGGCUCAUCUAGCGUCUCCAAUCACUCCAGUGAAACUCAGAAUCGUUUUGGAAAUCACCCGAAUGCUCACUGUGGGGAAUUACAUAAGGAGGAACAAGCGCCAUGUUUGGUAAUGAACAAGGAGGAUCCCGUGGUGCAAAACGCCAUGGAUUGUCAAGCUAAUAAGAGGCUUCCUAAGGAACACUUCAAAUCAAAGAAUCUUCUUUCAGAGAGAAAAAGAAGAGAUAAGAUUAAUCAGGCCAUGUAUGCUCUAAGAGCCGUAGUCCCUAAAAUCACAAAGAUGAACAAAAUUGGAAUUUUCACUGAUGCGGUUGAUUACAUCAAUGAACUGCUACUGGAGAAGAAGAAGCUUGAAGAUGAACUUAAAGGAAUCAACGAGAAGGAAGACAAAGAAAUCGCUGCAGAGGAAGAAUCUGCAAUAGCUGAUCCAGAAGCUGAAAAACUUUCCUCUAAACUCAACAAGAAAAUGAAGAAAAACGAGGUGAAUCUUGAAGCCUACGAGAUUGGUGAGCGAGAUUUCUUGAUUCGGGUUGGGCAGGAGCAUAAACGAGGUGGAUUUAAGAGGUUGAUAGAAGCUGUAGACUCAUGUGGACUUGAGAUCAUCAACGUCAACUUCACCAAACAUGAUCUCACAGCCAUGACAGUUCUCAAUGUCAAGGCGAACAAAGACGGAAUUGCAUCUGGAGAUCUGAGAGAUUCGCUGCUCAAGAUGAUGAUGAAUCAGACAAUCGAUAUGAAAACAUAGUACAUAACCCCAAAAAAGAUAGGUCAAAUAUUUUGUUUGCUUCAGCCACAAGUUACUACUGAGAUUUUGAUUCUCACAAGCUUUUUGGUGACAAAUUUACAUUUUGAAACUAUAUAUGUUCUUCUGGGUACUGGUUUCGAGUUCGUUAAGAU